UUCAUUGCGGAACUUCAGUUUCUACGAAGAUAGCUAAACACGAACAUACUCGGAGAAUCAAAUCGAUCUCUCGAUAAUUGUAAACCACUUUCAAGUUUGUUUCAAUUGCAAUUUGUGAAUAAGAAGCGAUUAAUUUUUUUUUUAUUUUUCUUUGUCAUUUAUUUAAGAAGCAAGUUACAUAGAUCACAAUGGCGCAGUUUGUAAUGGCAAUAUACGAUGAAUACCGCAAUCUGAUGGACAAUAAGAGUGACCCUAGAGUCAACAAUUGGUUCAUGAUGAGUAGUCCAUUCCCAACCUUAUUUAUUUGCUUAUUUUAUGCCUAUUUCGUCAAAGUUUUGGGUCCUAAACUCAUGGAAAAUCGCAAACCUUUCGAUCUUAAAAGAAUUUUGUUAUUUUAUAAUUUCUUUCAAGUGAUAUUCUCUGCAUGGCUGUUUUGCGAGUGCUUGAUAGCAGGAUGGGGAGGUCAAUAUUCCUUCCGUUGUCAACCGGUAGAUUAUUCAAAUAAUCCAAUAGCAGUUCGAAUGGCAGAAGGUUGUUGGUGGUAUUACUUCUCAAAAUUUUGUGAAUUUUUGGAUACGAUAUUCUUCGUGUUGAGAAAGAAGAACAAUCAGAUCACGACUCUACACGUAAUCCAUCAUGGAUGCAUGCCAAUGUCUGUUUGGUUUGGCGUUAAGUUCACUCCUGGUGGCCACGGCUCGUUCUUCGGCUUGCUCAACACAUUCGUGCACGUCUGGAUGUACACCUAUUACUUUUUGGCCGCUCUCGGACCAAAAGUGCAACGCUACCUCUGGUGGAAGAAAUAUCUGACCACCAUGCAAAUGGUUCAAUUUGUCCUUGUAAUAAUCCACGCGUUCCAGCUUCUUUUCAUCGAAUGUAAUUAUCCGAAAGCAUUCGUCUGGUGGAUCGGUAUGCACGCCGUCAUGUUCUACUUUUUGUUCCGUAAUUUCUACACCCAAACGUAUGAGAAGAAGCAAUCUUCCACCGUGGCGUUGAAGAAGGAACCAGAAACAGAAGAGAAAGAGAAGAAAGAGCAGAAUGUGAAGGAGAACGGGACGAUAUACGCCAACGAAUGCAAAAUGGCAACCGGAUACAUCUCCGACAGUGGGCUUAGGAACCGUGUGUUUAUCGACAAUCGCGGUUUCCAAAAAUAAAAAAAUUGCGAAAAUAAUCAUCUAUGCAUCGUAUUUCGUGAAUUCGCAAAAUCUUGUGAAUUCAUAUCGAUAAUGAUGUGAUAACCGGUCUAAGCAAUACAAACUUUAAAAGAAUAAGCUCUAAUUUGGCGAUUCUAAAUCCUAAAUCUUGGAUUGCAAGAAAUUGAAAUUAAAGAACUGCCAAAUUUCAUCCCUUAAAGAUUAAAAGAUUUAAGACUUAAGAUUAGUCAAUGAAAAAGCUCAUGUUUACAUGAUUACAUAUUAUUUUGAUGACAAAGAAAUUAAUUGCUCAAACAAUUUCAAAUCCUCAUGAAUAUUCUUGGAAUUAAAAAUUAAAAAUUGUAAUUGUUUGAUGACGCAGAUCAAAUGAAGACAAUAGUUCAAAUAAUUUCAAAUUGUCAUGAGUAAUUUUGAAAUUGCAAUUGUUUGAUGACAAAUAAUAGAUUAGUUGACAGAGAACUGAAAUAAUUUUUAAUCAAUUAUAACUAAUAUCUAGUUUUAAAGAUCUGCUUCUUCUCUCUCAUUGUUUGAAUUUUAACAAUGUUAUUAAUUGAUUAAUGGUUUCUUUUUUUUUUUUUUAAGAUUUACAAUUAAGACUUAAGAUCUAUUGUAGACCGAUUGUAAUCAAAUUUAUCACAAUUUGAUACGAUGUUAAAGAUAUCACAUGACGCGUUCCUUCUUUUUUGAAUUUUUGUCUAUUGAUUAUUAUAUGAAAUAUUAUUCGUUGUGAAAUUUUUCACAACGUUUCGCGUGUGCUUGCAGAUGUAUGUCUUUAUAUAUGAGCAAGACUGUGAAUGUAUGAGAAUUAGAGUAAGGAAGAUGUGAGGAGGAGACGUGGCGGCAAUACACCGCUACAAACUUAAGUAUCAUUUAAUUAAGAUUACGAGAAUUGCCAAAAAAAAUUUUUUUUUUUCUUUG